CCUAGUUCUUCUGCUCUCCAUGUUAGCUAAGCGGAUGUUGUCGGUCGAUGGGGAAACUGAUGGGUCUUUUCUCUUUUUACUCACUACUACUAGCAGCAAGCAGUGUGCCGCCCUCGCGCAAUGAUAGUACGAGUAUAAAUAAGCAUGCAGCACCCCAGAUAUGGGCUAGUCCACCUUUGAAUUAUGCCCAUGAUCGACGCACCAUGCUACUGGUAGAUAGGAGCAUGAGUAGCUUUUUAAGUACUACUACGAGUAUAUGUAGUAAAGCAGUAGUCUUGGUGCUGAACGGCAUUGGAAUCGCCAUUACCGCAAAAAAAAAAGAAUUGAACUGCCGCUCAUCCAAAGACUCCAAAAAGAAUUAGACUUCAACGCACCUUACC